AUGAUACAAGCCAUCCGCGGCUUCCGCGGUGGCAAGCCGGGCAAGGGUUCGAAGACGCCUACCUCUACGCUGGCUGGUUCGGACCAGGACGAGGAGUACCUGACCGACAUCACCGUUGGCGGUCAGAGCUUCAAGGUCAUCGUCGAUACUGGAAGUUCCGAUACAUGGCUCGCGGAGGUUGGCUUCAAGUGCUUCGACCUUUCCGACACGCCUCAGCCUGCGGCCGAUUGUGCCUUUGGCACGCCCGGGUUCGACCCCUCUAAAUCAAAGACGUUCGUGUCAUACCCGGAUAAGAACUUCAACAUCACCUACGGCGACAACGAGUUCUUGAACGGACCCGUCGGUUUCGACACCGUCACCGUUGGCGGCCUCACUGUGACCAAGCAGGAGAUCGGUGUGGUCACCGCUGCGGCAUGGGACGGCGACGGCGUCAACACUGGGCUCAUCGGUCUCGCGUACCCCGGGAUCACGAGCGUGUACAACGGCUCCAACCCGGAUGACGACUCGUCUUCCAACUUUGUCCCGUACGACCCGUUCUUCUUCACCGCCGUGAAGGAAAGAAAGGUUUCCUCACCCUUCUUCUCCAUCGCGCUUGACCGCGGCUCGAUCCCCGCCGAACAAAACUCGACCCUCGAUCCCCACCUUGGCUACCUCGCCUUCGGCGGUAUCGCCCCCGUCCCCGUCACGGGCAAGACCACCACCGUAGCCGUCCAGGGCUACACGGUGUCCUCUUCGCCAGCCAAGGAAGACUUCUUCUACACGGUCGACGUCGACUCGUACGUCUUCCCCGGCUCGCAUAAGCUCGCGACCAACGGCUCUGCCAUCCUCGACACCGGCACCACGCUCAACUACGUCCCCACCCCCAUCGCGAAGGCGUUCAACAAAGGCUUUAAGCCCGCGGCCAAGUACGUCGAGGACGAAGGGACGUAUUACGUCGACUGCAACGCGACCGCUCCCGACUUCGCGGUGACCAUCGGCGGUGUCGAGUUCAGCGUGAGCGGGAAGGACAACAUCCUGCCCAUCGGCGCGGACGAGAAGGGCAAACAGCUCUGCAUCUCUGGAACGCAGGACGGCGGGCCGGACGAGGAUGGCAACAUCUUCAUCCUGGGCGAUACUUUCUUACACAACGUCGUCGCGACGUUCAACAUCGCUGCGAACACCAUCUCGCUCACCGAGCGGAAACCCUACUAG